UGAAACGUCCGUUACCAGGACAACAGCAAACUAAACUACAUAGGAUGUAACAGCGCGGAACAAAGCAAGAUUUUACUUGAUUUAUACGAAAUAUAACUGUCUUGACUCUAACAUUGUCGUGACUUUUACUGCAGUUAUGACUUCGAUGAGUCAGCGGCGUAACAUGACGCAGAGUCGACAGCAACGGAUGAUCCUGGAGAAUCGGCGGCAGGAGCUCAACUAUGAGGAUCGGGUGAAACACGUCAACCAAGAGAGGCAUGUCCGAGCGCACGUCCAGGGCGAGGAGCGGCUGGAAAAAAAGAGAUAUCUGCGAAAGGUGCAAGAGGAACAGAACGAGAAACAAAUCGAGGAUUCUCUGAUUAAGGCAGAACGGGAGAAAAUGAUGAGGAAGAAGGAGCUCGAGCAAGAGGAGAGAAUGGCAGAAGAACUGGCUCGCAUCAAUUACGAGAAGACUAAGGAUGAAAAACUGAGACAACAAAUCAAAGAGAACAGCCUAGAGCUGCGUGAGCUGGAGGAGAAGCUGAAGGCAGCGUACCUGAACAGGGCCAGGGCGGCUCAGGUUGCCGAAAAGGAGGCCUUAAAAUAUGAGUCAAUGAAAGUGGAGGCGGAUUUGCUGAGAGAGCAGGAGAAAGACCGGGAGCGAGCCCUGGUGGAGCAGGAGACGCUGGAUCAGAAGCGCUACGAGGAGAUGGUGCGCUACAACUGGGAGCUCAACCAGCAGCUGGAGGAGAAGGAGAGGAAGAGAAUGGAGGCCUACAAGGAGUUCCUCAAAGAGAAGCUCAUGGUCGACGAGAUCGUUCGAAAGAUUUACGAGGAAGACCAGACCGAGAGGCAGCUGCGGCUGGAGAAGGUGACGGCCACCCAGCGGUACAUCCAGGAGUUCCAGAGGCAGCAGGCAGAGUGGAGGCGCAUGGAGAGGGAGAGGAUGGAGGAGGAGAACCGCCGCAUCAUGGAGUUCGCCACCUGCCAGCAGCAGAGGGAAGAGGACAAGAUGGCCAAAGUGCGAGAGCGGGAGGAGGACAAGGAGAUCAUGUACAAGAUGCUCAGUGAGAAGAUGGACGCCGAGAGGCAGAUGCGUGAGGAGCAGGCCCGCGUGCGGGAAGAGCUGUCUCUGGAGGAGCAGGCGGAGGCCAUCCGGCAGAAACAAGUCGCGGAGAUGGAGAAGAGGAUCAGGCAGCGGAUGGAGAUGCAGCAGACCCACCAGGAGCAGAUGGCCUUCAAGGAGAUGCGCAGGCAGGCGGAGAAGGACGAGGAGGAGGCCUUCAGGAGGAUGAUGAUGGACAAGUUUGCGGAGGACGACCGCAUCGAGCAGAUGAACGCCCAGCGACGGCGCAUGAAGCAGCAGGAGCACCGGCGCGAGGUGGAGAAGCUGCUGGAAGACCGGCGGCAGCAGAGCCUGGCUGACAAGGAGCGUGAGGCAGAGGAGAAGGCCCUGGAGCAGCGCAGGGAGGCUGUUAACCGGCAGAUCAUUGAGGAGGAGAGACAGAAGCUUCUCAAACACCAUGCCAAGAAACUGCUUGGUUACCUUCCAAAGGGUAUCUUCAGAGAAGGAGACCUGGACCACUUUGAUGAGGAUUUUAAAAGACAUUUCCAGAGAGAGGAACAAGAUGAAUUUCCUGAAGAUGACUGGGGAUCUGUGUGAAGACUUGUUUGUUUUUGUUUUACCACUAGAUGGCAGUCUUGUCCAAGUCCAAACAUUGUUAUUAUCCAUAGUAUGUUUGCUGCUGUUUGCUUUGUGAGAAUAUAGUAGAACUGACCGUGAAAUCAAGUCAAAUGUACAAUAUUCACAUUGAAAUGUAUACAGUGGUAUGAAUUAAUCUCAUUACUACAUUCUUCUUUAGUAUGGUGCAAAUUUCUGAGUCUGCUGGUGACAUCAUUCUGAAAGUGCCCGCUUUUAAAGCCAUGUUUUAGUUGCAGUCUCAAACUGAGAAUAAAGAUAAUAGAAAGAAUAAAAUCUUUUUAAAUACGAAAA